UCUGCUGCAGGACGAACAAACCGAUGGAGACGUGGAUCACAUUUGCACGCUACCUCGCCUCUCGGUUCUACAAAAACGUCCCCGAGGAAGGUUACGGCACCUACCUGAACUCGUACGGCUUCGGAGAAUUCACGCAGGCCACGGCUACAUGGCUUCAGACAACUCAACUGGAGCAUCUUCUGCGGAGCCCGUUCAUCGGUCUCAGCCUGGACGAGAGCACGGAUAGGUGCCGGGGGAAGCACAUGAUCGUGUUCGCGACCUUCCUUCGUGAGCGUCGGGUGGUCACGGAGUACCUGGCUCUUCUCACUGUCGACAAGGCGGACGCUGCCUCCCUUCUGGCGUUGCUGCUCUCCCACCUCCAGGCUAUCGGAGUGGAUCUUCAUCGGAUCUCUGGCAUCAGCACUGACGGGGCAGCAGCGAUGAUGGGCGCGAAGUCUGGACUUGUUACUCGUCUCCGACUGCGCAUUCCUCACCUCGUCUCCUGCCACUGCAUAGCGCAUCGUAAGGCUCUGGCCGCCAAGACCGCGGCCGAUGAGCUCCCCGCCUUCAUGAUGAUCGACAAUGUCAUCCGAGAGCUCGCUGAGUUCCUCGGACGCUCGGGGCCGUGGCAUCAACGCUUUCUCGAGCUGCAUGAUGUCUUCCUCUCGACGGCGCUUGAGCUGCAGGGUAUUCACCACGUUAGGUGGCUUUCCCGCGGGGAUGCCAUCCAACGGUUGGUGAAGGUUUUGCCGGCAAUCAUCGUCAUGCUGUCUGAGUUCCCAAACGAUAGGCUGUAUACCAUUGUUACCAGCUAUCGUUUCUGGUUUCUCUUGAUGUUUCUGGCGGAUGUGCUUGAGCAGAUGAACACGCUCAACAAGAUCUUCCAGGCUCGUCAGCUGGACAUCUCCACCGUCCACUCGUCCAUCGCUCGCGUGAAGUCCCUGCUCCUAAGCCGCUACGUCAACUGCGGCGACGACUUCAACGGGGCGCCGAAAGACCGGCUCACGGAGUUCCUUACCCUUCACGGCCCUUCCGGUUCGCGGCGCGUCACCGUUGAGGGCGUUUACUCGGACGGUCGCCCGCGGCGCUUCAGCUUCAUCCUGCACAUGAAGGACAUCGGCUAUCCGGGCGAGGGAAAGCACGAUGACUGCGUCACGCUGUGCAUGGCAAUGGCGGAGGGCAUGGCCAACAAUUUGGAGGAGCGGCUGGGUGACUUGAAGCAGUUGAGUGGCGUCAUGCUGUUUUGUGCCGACCAGUGGCCGUUGCUAUGGGCACGUGCGGCCAGGAUCAAGCAGUGCAUUGAGUGGUUCCAUUCCCUUGUACUUCUGUACCACGCGGAGGGAGCUGAAGAGGUCUUACCAGGCAUUGACACGCAAGCAGCCGUGAAGGAGAUUCCCCACUUCACCCCCGUCAUUGCAGCGCUGCCGCAGGGCGAGAAGGGAUUCUUCACAGGAUUGUCGACCAUCCUGAAGACACCGGACUGGGAGCAUAGCUAUGUCAGAAACCCAGUCACUAACCACUGGGUUAAAAGGGCUUGUUGAAUAGCGGGUAAAUGCGCCCAUAGCCCCCCAGGCUCUGCACCUGUGGCCCUUCCCCGAGGAUCUCAAGGGUAACCCCAGCGGGUCACUCAACACCCCCCCCCCCCGCUGGGAUAGGUGGAAGACAGAAGCGCCUCUGCAGCGCUGGCACUGGGAGUUGAACCCAAUACCUUUGGCUCUAAUGUACCAUGUCAGAAACCCAGUUACUAACCACUGGGUUAAAAGGGCUUGUUGAAUAGCGGGUAAGUGCGCCCAUAGCCCCCCAGGCUCUGCACCUGUGGCCCUUCCCCGAGGAUCUCAAGGGUAACCCCAGCGGGUCACUCAACAAGCUACCCCAACCUUGUAAAGCUGUGGUGUGCAACGGCGGUUCUUCCUUUGAGUACAGUGGAGUGCGAGCGCGGGUUCUCCCGCCAGAAUGUCAUAAAAAGCUGGCUGCGUGGCACCUUGAAGGACUCUCGCCUAGGAGAUUUAAUGUGCAUGACUUUGUUAGAUUACGAGCCGAACUGGGACGCCGUGAUAGAGAUCUGGAGAUCUUACAAGAAGAGAAAGCCCUAUAGCUGCGCCCCACAGAGCAGGGCUCAGAAGAGCUGCAAGGGAAAGGAACUAGCUGAAGACGUGCUUGGAGAAAACCAUGAUAGUAGAGCUGAGGAGGAUGAGGAGGAGGAUGCUUAAGUAGAUAUAUAUUUUAUGCUUGUUUCAAUAAAUUGCUAGUGUUCAU